UUCCCGCCAGAUCGCACCGCAGCAGCAUCCUUCAUCAUACAUCUACACCUUCUUCAUCAUCUUCUAAUACUUAAUUAUCGGCAGCAGCUCCGACCGAAAUACCAGCGUGUCAUCUUGACUGAGCUUUGGCCUCGGCUGUCUUCGUCGAAGGGUUUGCAGCUCGAUAGAAAGUUCUCGACUAAACUAUCUUUGAUGAGUCAAGAUAAAGUGUAAGAGCAGCAAUUUGGACCCCAUGAUGGCAAAUUACUAUGACAUUGGUGACAUUAUCACAGAGAAAGAGAUUGUAUCAGGUAUAUUCCAAAAGGCAGCAUCAGGAGUGGGAAUAGAUCCCAGUUCUGAAACUGACUAUAUUGAAACAGGUUCCAAAGUGGAGAUGCCUUUCUGGCUUGCUUAUGAGCUACAACUGAGACAAGUAGUAUCUAUCAAUGUUCCCCCUUGUUUCGAUCAAAAAACAAGACUCGAGAUUCAGGCUGACUGUGCUAGUGUGGAUCUGAGGUCUCGAUGUCCAUUCUUUUAUGAAUUUGGAUGCAAGAUAGCACCCGUGGUUGGUGAUCGGACCAUUGGGUUUCUUCUCUUGUCUGCAUUUAAGAAUAGGUACAAGGAAAUCCUCACCAAGGCACAUUCUGCAUCAUUUUCAGCUGCUUCCAAAUUCUGGUCAAUUCUAACAAAAGAAGAGGUCAAUUUGUAUAAUGCAGCUCAAUCCUCAAUGGCGUCCUUCAAGAAGUGGCGAAUUGGGGGACCUAGAUUUCAGAUAGCCUCAGUUCUUGGAAGAAAGAGGAAAUCAACCGAGUAGUUGCUCCUUUGCCUUGUUAGAUCUCUAUUAAUUCAAUCUUGGGAGUAUUUAUGUAAAUGCGGAGAUUUUGAGGGGUUUAUCUCCAUAGAGUCUGAUCUCUACUAUCGAUGGAAUGCUCCUUGUGUUUCCACCAAAAAAAAAAAAAAUUGGAACUGCAUUUGCCGCUAUGAUCGCAUCUAUCAAAUAUUUUAUUCAAUUAAUAUUAGAUGAUUUUUAUGUUUCAAUGUGUAAAACAUUUUAUGAAAUUUUAAGUGUA